CUUCACGCCAAGUUGACCCAGCCGAGUGGAUGUAAAGCCCGGGGAACUUAACAUCAGAGAAACAAGAAUGGAACUGAAACCUUUAUUGAAGAAGCUGGGCUCAACAGUCCGCGCCAUCCUCACUUUCGGCUUUGCUGUGGUGGUCCUGGGUGUGAUGGUCUGGGCCUAUGUAGACGGUUUCCAGCUGGCGACCUCCAGGUAUGGAAUCAUCUCCUUUGGCUUUUAUGGACUACUCCUCUCACUCCACGUGUUGGUCCAGAGCUUGUUCGCCUUUAUUGAACAACGGCGAAUGAAAGCUCGCACAAAACCCUGCACCUUCACCAAAACCAUCGGCUUCACUAUAUCAGCAUUCCAGGAGGACCCCGUCUAUCUCAAAGAGUGCCUUGACUCCAUCAGGGCCCUCAAGUAUCCGCCUGAUCUGCUGCGCAUCAUCAUGGUGAUAGACGGGAACACAGAUGAAGACCGGUACAUGAUGGAAAUGUUCAGGGAGGUGUUUGCGGACCAGAAACCUGGCAGUUAUGUGUGGAGGAACAACUACCAUACCUGGGACUCCACCCAGGCCCAGCAGGAUGUGGAAAUGGCAACAGGAAUGGGCCCAGGAGGGGAUGCUGAUCCUAUAUUUUUUGAGGAUCCACAGCGAAAAGAGGUAGAGCACCUGAUCCAGAGCACGAAGUGCGUGUGCAUCAUGCAGAAGUGGGGCGGCAAGCGGGAGGUGAUGUACACAGCGUUUAAAGCACUUGGGUCAUCAGUUGACUAUAUACAGGUGUGUGACUCAGACACCAAGCUGGACUCUCUGGCCACCAUUGAGCUGUGUAAAGUUUUGGAAAGUAACAUCAAGUAUGGUGCUGUGGGAGGAGAUGUGAUGAUCCUCAACCUGAAAGACUCUUACAUCAGCUUCAUGAGCAGUCUGAGGUACUGGAUGGCGUUCAACAUCGAAAGGUCCUGCCAGUCCUUCUUCGACUGUGUGUCCUGCAUUAGUGGGCCGUUGGGUCUGUAUAGGAACGAUCUCCUGCAGCAGUUUCUGGAGUCCUGGUACAAUCAGAUGUUUUUGGGAAGUCACUGCACAUUUGGUGACGACAGACAUCUUACCAACCGAAUGCUGAGCAUGGGCUAUGCUACAAAAUACACAUCCUGCUCCAAAUGCUACACAGAGACACCUGCUCAGUUUCUGCGCUGGCUCAACCAACAGACUCGCUGGACAAAGUCGUACUUCCGCGAGUGGCUCUUCAAUGCAAUGUGGUGGCACAAGCACCACCUCUGGAUGACCUACGAGUCCAUUGUCUCCGGUAUUUUCCCCUUCUUUGUUACGGCCACCAUCAUCCAGCUGUUUUGGACUGGCUCGCUGUGGGACAUCCUCUGGAUCCUGUGCUGCAUCCAGCUGAUCGGGCUGGUGAAAGCGGCUUACGCCUGCAUCCUGCGCAGAGACAUGGUGAUGGUGUUCAUGUCCCUCUACUCGGCUCUGUACAUGACCAGCCUACUGCCGGCCAAAUACUUUGCCAUUCUCACCAUGAACAAAAGCAGCUGGGGGACAUCAGGCAGGCGUAAGAUUGUAGGGAACUACAUGCCCCUUCUCCCUCUGUCGGUGUGGGCAGCCAUUUUAUUAGGUGGGCUGUUUUACAGAUUUUACAAGGAGAGUCAACUGGACUGGUUAAGUCCAGCCAAGAUACUGGAGACCAAGUUCAUCGUCUUUGGCAUCAUAGCCUACACGUGCUACUGGCUGUUUAUGAUGUUCCUCUACUGGGUGUGGUUCCGCAGGAUAUGUAGGAAACGCGCCCGAAGUUACGCAUUGAGUGUGUAGGUCCCAAGUGACUAGUGAAGAACUACAAGAAGGAAAAUAAUUUAUUUGAAUUCAACGAUUUACCUUAUUUUAUUCAGUGGGUUUUUAUUUAGUUUCAUUUCAGUAACUGAUGGACAGGGGCUGUUCAUAUAGCUGUUAAACCAACAAACCUAAUAUAAAUAUUGUUAAUAUUGAUGAAAUGGAUAACAUCCUUAUUACCAGAGCACUUCUAAUAUAAUAUGACAUCACUAAUAUAUAGAACAAAAGUUUGAUUCAUAUGGAGAUGUUGUUGCACAUUUAAUGAAACUGUACUGAGGGCUUUUACGCCCAUGCACUUCUCAGUUUUCUCUUUGUCAGAUUAUGAUGGGAGAGAUUCUAACAGAUAUUUAUUCAUGAAAAAAUUCAUGUGAAAAAAUAGAAAAACUGCUAUUUAGAGAACAUUUUUUAUUUUAUUUAAACAUGUGGGUAAUAGAUCCGGGGUUAUGUGCCUUUUAAAAAUAUUCAGACGAUAUAUGUAUGUUGAUUACUUUAACAACAAAUUGAACUCCACUUCCUUGACUGUGUCAGUUUAGUGACCAUUACUUCACCACUGUCGCUGUUAUUGCACUGGAUCAUAGAUGGCACUUUCUUUAGCGUUGCAGACUUACUUGAAAAUACAGACUAUAGCAGUUAUAGUAUUGCGCAAUGGGAAAAAUGCACAAGCUGAGAAAAAGAAACCGUACCUCUGUGAGAAAACUGGACAAUGAUAAUGAUGCUGGGAACGAGGAUCAAAAGAUGGAGGCACUUACUGAAGGAUGAAACAAUGGGAACUGAAUGCUGUAUUUAAUCUAGUUGCUGUAUACCUAUCUUGAUACUUAAAUAUAUACAUAUACAGUAAGUACAUAUAUAUAUAUACAAAUGUGUGUAUAUAUAUAUAUGUAUAUGGCUGGAAAAUGUGAAAGAGUUGAUGGU